AUGUCUGACAGAACCCCACGCAGCGUUAUGGGCGCUACUGGAAGUGGGAAAUCGACAUUCAUCAAUUGUGCCAGCGGGUCGGAUCUCCCUGUAGGAAAGGGACUCGAAAGUUGCACGGUAGACGUGAGGACGUCGAAACCGUUCCUCCUGAACGGGAAAAUAGUCACGCUGAUUGAUACACCUGGCUUCGACGAUACCACUCGAAGCGACACGGACAUAUUGUCAUCCAUCGCCGCGUAUCUCUCCAACACGUACGAGCAUGGGGCUAAGCUCGCGGGCGUGAUCUACAUGCACCGCAUCUCCGACUUUCGUAUGGGUGGAACAUCCAAACGGAACUUCCGUAUCUUCCGCGAGCUCUGCGGAGACAACACGCUUAAGAAUGUCAUUAUCGUCACCAAUAUGUGGGGAAACGUUGACCAGAAACUCGGUGAGGCCAGGGAGAAAGAGCUCACCACCAAUGACAAGUUCUUCAAGCCCGUGCUGGAAAAGGGCGCUCGCAUGAUGCGUCACCACGGCACUCAGGCCUCCGCUCAUACCAUCCUCCGAUACUUGGUCAAUAGCCAAGCGGCCACGCUCGCGAUUCAACAUGAACUCGUCAAUGAACGCAGGGAUCUUGCGCACACUGCUGCCGGCGCUGAGCUCGCUCGUGCCCUCAAAGACCAAGCAAACCGGCAUGACGAGGAGCUGAAGAAACUACGUUCGGAGAUGGAGGCUGCCAUGCGUUCCAAGGACGAGGAGACUCGCCAAGAGCUCCAGGAAGAAGUAGACAAGAAGAGAGAGGAGAUCGAGCGCGUCAAGCAUGAUGCCGAGCGUAUGGCAGAGGCCUUCAAUGCCGAGAAAGCGAGACUUGAGAAGGCAAUACGGUUGGUCGAAGAGCAGCGCAAGAGGGAAGCUGAGGAACAGUUUACUCGCCUGCAAAGCCAAAUCGCAGAAGCGGAAGCACUACGCAAACAACUGGCAGCAGAUAUCGCUGAACGGGAAGCUGCCGAACGCAAGAGAAACGCUGAGCUACAAGCCGAGUUGGCGGAGGCAAGAAGGGAGGCGGAGAGUGCAAGAACGGCUCUGAGAAACAAGGAGCCUUCGCCUUCGCAAAGCUUCUCACUCCCGAUACCUUUCGUAGUCUGGAGAGCGGCGAUGGCCUGGCUUGGCGGGAGAUAG